UGAGUGUAGAUCAGACUGCUACAGAGUGCACUGCAUUUUGUGAGUGAAAUUAAAACCGGAAACGUUGUAGCGCCCAAACGGUUAACGGGAUAAGUGUCACGAGCUACAGGGAAUAUGUUGCCAGGGAAACGGGCGCCUGGCAACGGGCUAGUAGCUCGCGCGCGCUGAGAGCUUGCCGGCCUUGCUCGCUAGAUGGUGCAAGAGGCAGCGGACACGCACACACAUACCCACACGCGCGCACACACACACACACACACUGCAUCCAAAACAAAGCUGGUGGAGAACGGAGAGCACGGAGCAGAGCGCCUCGGUGAUAUCUCGGGAGAGGAGGAAAAGCAGGAUUAAUUUAUUUUUUCUAGCAUUAUUAUUGGUGUUGUUUGUUUUUUUUUUUUGUUUUUUUUGUGUGUGCUUGCGGUGCAGUGGUGAGCACUCAACCCGCGGUGAUGGACAUUAUGAGUGCGGUGCAGGAUGCGUGUGUCUCCGGUCAGUGGCUCACCGCGAUCAUCCUCAGCCUUUGCUGCUUUUUGCCUUCGUGCUUGCCUGCUGGGCAGACUGUGGACUAUGCCUCGAGCGAAAGUGUGGUGAGCCGGCAAGGAGACACGGCGCUGCUCAGGUGCUACCUGUUGGACGGGAUCUCGAAAGGGGCGUGGUUAAACCGUUCCAGUAUAAUAUUCGCAGGGAAUGAUAAGUGGUCAGUGGAUCCUCGCGUAUCCAUCGUAUCGAACAUGGGAGACAAACACGAGUACAGUCUACAGAUACAGAAAGUGGACAUAACGGACGAAGGCUUCUACACCUGCUCGAUACAGAGCGAACGCAAUCCACGGCCAAAACUCAUCCAGUUAAUCGUCAAAGUUCCUCCCAAAAUAUACGACAUCUCAUCGGACAUCACGGUAAACGAAGGCGGCGACAUUUCACUCUUCUGUUUAGCCAGCGGGAAACCAGAGCCGAAGAUCACCUGGAGACACAUCAGCCCAUCAGCCAGGAAGUUCGAGAGCGGAGAAAACCUGAACAUAACCGGAAUAACUCGGGAUGCGGCAGGAGAUUAUGAAUGUGGCGCUGAGAACGAUAUCGCUUCUCCCGACACCCGGACUGUGAAAGUCACCGUCAACUUUCCACCAUCUAUCAAUGAGCUGAGAACUCACGGGGUGCGACCCGGUUACACGGCGCUCCUGAGGUGCGAGGCGGCUGCUGUCCCCACUCCGGUUUUCGAGUGGUAUAAAGGGGAGAAGAGACUCAGCAAGGGUCAAGGUGGCAUCGACAUCAAGAAUUUGAGCUCCAGGUCCAUUCUCACAGUGAGUAACAUCACCGAGGAGCGCUAUGGCAACUACACCUGCGUGGCUGUCAACAAGCUGGGAGCGGCCAACACCAGCGUGGCUCUGUCUCCCCCAAACACAGCUCAGUACGGGACCACCGGAGGAGGGGAAGCUCUGCUGGCCUGCGGUUUCCUGGUGUUGGCUCUCAGCUCUCUGCUCUGCGUUUACUAGCGCUACGUACAGCCAUACGCACUGAACUGGACUGAACCAUUCACACGGCUCAUUUCCGGAUCCGAUCUGGCAACGCGGUUUGCUUUGUUUUUUUUUUUUUGUUUUGUUUUGUUUUUUUUUUGGCUUUUUUUUGUUGUUUUUUUGGCGAAAAGAGAGAUAUUUUAAUCAGUAAGCGGUACUUUUCAGAUGGUGGUUUUUAUGUUCUGUGGAAUUUCUCAUCGUGUAAAUAUGUACGGUUUAAAUUUCUUCUCUCUCUACCACGACCCCCACCCGCUCCCACAUCCCGCCCCCCUCGCCCCCACUCCCCACCCCUCCACCCCCCUCCCCCUGGUUUACUUUUAUUUUUGUUUGUUUUCUUGAUUGCCCUCUUUGUGAAUCAGCACCACUGUGCUCUUUUUAAGAACGCUUCAGAAUUAGCCGUGCCGUUCGGAGGGGAGCGGGGGAUAGCGGGGUCGGUUGUACGAGGACGAGGACGAGGGGGGGGGGGGAGCGGGAGUGUGGGUGGGGGGUGUAGUAAAAGUGUGCGUCGUCGUGUUUCCGACAGGACGCCCUGGAGUGCGCCGCCGCCAUCGGAGCGCUCUCGUACGUACACACACACACGCACUCGCACACACACUCACACACGCACUCCUCUGUACUCUUUCAGGUCAUAAUAUUUAGCCGGCUAAUUUGAAACCACUCAGAUUUGCACAAUCAGAACAAUCAGAGCACUUUGAGAAGGGAACGUUCGAGCGAGUGCCGAAACGGGGAGGUCGGGUUGUACGCCGAUAUUCCAGUAUUUCACUGACUAAUGCGUGGACCAAAAUGACAGCCAUAAUUCAGCGAUUUUAGCAACGUUUUGCUAACACAUAAAAGCUCUGCCAUGAUAAUUUGAACAGAAAUGCUAAGACAAAUAGUUACCUCGACAUCGGUUGCCCAAAAAUGUAACAAAAUUUCAGCUGGCAAUUUUUUUUUUAUUAUUAUUAUUAUUUAAUUGCAUUUUAUUUUAAUAUCUUUUUUUUUUUUUUAAACGAGAAUUUAACAACUAAAAUAAUGCUGUCGUUUUGUCUUAUUUUAUUAUUUCACUUUUGUUUUAUUUUAUUAUUUUACUUUUGUUCCAUUUUAUUAUUUCACUUUUGUUCGUCAAAUCAUAUUUAUACUUUUCUUCUUCUUUUUUUUUUUUUUUUUUUUUUAAAUGAAAUAUAAUUUUGUUGGCGCUAAAAAUGACGACUUGCCCUAACAAUUUCGAUAUCAAAUCCUUACCUUCGCAAAAAUUCCCAACAAUAUUUCAAAUUCUGUUCUUUUCUAAAUCUGACUCGUGUGAUGAUGAUUUUACUGAAAUCGAAAGCGUGUGAUGUUUCUCAUCACGAGCUCGUCAAAAGAAAACCAACCUGAGCUCAUUGAAGCUAUUUCUCGAUGUCGUUUCUGAUCUCUUACGCUUCAAAUUGUCCUGUCGCGGAUCGUUACGCGCCGUUCUAGAGAUAAACGCCCGGAACGGUUUACGUUAUAAAAACCCGAUUGAAAAUGAUUUCUCGAACUUGCUUCAACGAUAAUAAUUGAUUUGUCUUAGCUUAAUCAUAUAACGAUUCAUGAAUACUUACGAGCGUCGAAUAGACCGUAAUUUGACCAAUUCUCGCGCGAAUAACGUUUGAACUAGAUUCGACAAAUAUAUAAUAAAACGUCGGUGUUCAAUUCUUGAAUUUUUUUCUUUUUGUUCAGUUUCAUUUGAAUUCGGCCUUUCUGAAAAUGACUACACACGUUCACGAGGCGACAGAUUCGACACUUAUAUACCUAUAUAUUUAAACGGUUAUACAGUUUCUUAUAUGAUACGAAUAAAUAUCGUAUUCUUUGCUUCUGGGAGCCACAGGCAGUGAAUAAAACCAAUGUGAGAUGUAUUUAAAUGCAUAAUGUGAAUAUAAUGUAUGUAUAAAAUCAGUUUUAUGCACUAUGUCGAAUUUAACCGGUGUUAAACUAAUUUACAUUACAGUAUGCAGACGUGAUUAGCGCUUGAUUUGAUUACCCUUCCUAAUGAUCAUGAUGGGUUUCUCUACAAGAAUCUCUUUUUUUUUUUUUUGCGUUUAGUAAGAUUAUGGAUGGAUUUAUUUUUUUUUGUUUUUUUGGCUUGUUUUUGGUUUUUUUUUUGGGUGGGGUGGGGAGGAAGGUGGGGGGGAGCAAAGUGUGUCUCUUUAGCAAAGAAAACUCGUGUUCAGUUUUUAUCAGUUUCAUUUCACUGUAUGCAUUAUUUUUUUUUUUUUUUUUUUGUCGUUGUCGUCGUCGUUCACGGAGAUCGUGUACUACUCUUCACUUUUAACAGAUUCGGUUCUAUUUUAUUUUUUUAAUUAUUGUUCUGAUGAGUUGUACAGGAUUUUGAUAAUGUUCUAAUGCAUCACAUGACGUGCUCCCUGCUUUUGCUUUAGUCGCUUUUUGUUGUUUUGUUUGUUUGUUUUUUUUUUCGUAUGUGACGUCGUUUUGAAACGGGAUGCAGGAGGGAAAAAAAGAAAAAAAAAUGAAGCGGACAGUACGGUAUAUGAUAUGAUACGAUAUGAUAUAUUUGAAAUAUGAUAUGAAGUGUGGAUCUAAAUGUCACUGCUUAUCAUUUUAAAAGAAAGUACGCAGUAUGGCAUAGUUUACAAUGUCGUCUUUCAGUUUAGAUGCCAUAUCUGUCGUUAAAACGUCCUUAUCGAACAAAUAGACUUAAAAAAAAAACAAAAAAAAAAAAUUUAAAAAAUGAGCAGUUUGUAAUCAAAAACGUUAACUUUUUAACUCAGAGGGUGUGAACACAGUUAUAUGAUAUCAUAGAAGCUAAGUCGUGUGUGUGUGUGUUUGGAGAAAGUAGAACUAAUUUUAUAUUCUCGGUAGAGCCUUGCGUCUAGGUUUAGUUUGACCUCUACCCUAGCUCUCACACACAUGUUGUGUAUUUUCCGAUGUGCAGAAAUUAUGAUUGUGCUGCAUGUCAAAUGUAUGUUAAGGUGGCCAAUAACCAUAAACCAAUACCUUUUGAGUACAAAACCAGUUUCGAGACUGUUUUGACUCAUUUUUACUCGCCGGAUUCCCAUCACACCAACGAUCCAACCAAGCUAACAAACAAAACAUCGCGAGAGUUCCUUCUGACGCCUUAAACGUUUUGGUUUUCAUCUAAACUUUCUGUACUGUUUCGGUUUUUUUUUUUACACAUUCUUUAUUUUCGAUUACACCCCCCCACCCCACCCCCACCUAAAUCGUUUGCUGUUAAAUCUUUACACAAUUCAGGUAGAAAGAAAAAAAAAAAAAACAAACACUCCUUCAAUCCCGUACGCUGUACAGAAACAGUAUCUUAGCCGGCGACAAUAUCUCGAAUAUGACCUGAUGUAGCUGAUUGUUUCUUAUUAUGAGAUUAUUAUAAAUCAAAUAUAAGAAUCUUCAGCUAGGUUUUCGAUGCUUUUUGCUCAUUUCAAGCUUUAAAAUUGGUUCAUUUUGUUCAUUCGAUUUCAAAGGAAAAUUUCAGUUAAAAUCUCCCAAUAGAACAAAAUUAGUCAAAAUUCAUCCAGACAAAGGUUUCAUAUUGGUCUGUUUGGUUUAUUGUAUCCUUACAAUAGGAAACACGAGAUAGAUCGGACUGAGAUCUUUUCACUUGCUAGUACGUCGUAUUUGGAAGCGUAUACUUACAGCACAAGAUUAGCGACUGCAAAAAUUUUUAUCAAGCGAAAAUAUCUUAAAUAUUAGACAAAUUAUGCUAUAUUUAUCCUUAUUAGAUUAUGCUAAAACAUAUAUAUAUAUAUAUAUAUAUUCUUAUUAAACUGAUUUCUCAUUUUUAGAAAUUUGAAACGAGCAGAUUCUAGUAGCCAUUAGUUUUGCUUCCUUCUAAAACAAAUAAAAAGUUCAAAGAAAUUAAGGCAUUGUGAAGCUUUAAUAUUCAAAAUAAUGUCUCGGAAUCACGUUCAAUAAUCCGUUCGUUUGAGCAGAAUGGUGUGACGAUAAGACGUUCAUCAUAUUCGAGAUAUUUGUACUCGAUUAUUUUUGCAGUGCGGUGCAACUGAGUUACAGUUUACAGUCCGCGUGUAGAUCAAGAGUGACUAUGAGCGAUUUCGUUUCAGUUUAAUGAAUGAGAUGUUGACGUGACGGUGAUUCCCCGAACGCAGCGAAGGCGGAUUUUAAACGUUCAAAUUCAGGUAAAUCACGUUUAUGGAAUUCAUCCAAACCGCAAUCAGGACAAGACCUGAAUUUUACCGAUGAUUUACAACUGCGGUGUUUUCAGUGAUAAAUAAACAUUUUCUCAACCAUCAUAAUCACUUUUAGGGCGUGAGCCUGUCUGUAAGCACAUGUUAUAACACAGUCAGCAGGUUUAUUCCAAAUAUAUUUGACCUAAUCACUUUCUUUAUGCUUUUUAGAUUUUUUUUUUCUCGUGAUAAUAUCCUUAGCUCGGUCAAAUUUUUUUUAACAUGGGAUAAAAUCUUUAUCUCAGGCUAAAAAUGCACAUUUUAAUAAAGUAACCUAAAAAAGGAACCUAAAAGUAACGCCAACACCUAAAGUUUGGGGGGUUUUUGUUUUUAACCCAAGUUACAGUUAAAGAUUUUAUCCCGACACAAAGAUUCCAGCCCAAGUGAAAGAUUUUAGGCAGAAUUAUAGAUUUUGAUUUUAUCCUAGGAUAAAAAAUCUUUAACCCGGGCUAAAUUCUUUUAAUUUGGGCUGAAUUCUUAAAAUUCUGCUUAAAACCUUUUAACCUGGACUGAAAUGUUUAACUCAAGCUGAAGUCUUUGACUCGGAGUAAAACGAAACAAAAAAAAAAGUUGUACAAUUUAAAUCUUUAACUCUGGCUGAAUCGUUCGACUCGGGUUAGAAUCUUUAUCUCAGGCUAAAAUCGUGCAUUAAAAUUUCAAACUCGGGAUAAAAUGUUUCUCUUGCGCUUAAGCGUUUAUCUCGGUAUAAAAAAUUUUGAUGUGCGCUAAAAUCUUUAUCUUGGGCUCGGUCUAAAACAUUUAACUCAGGUUAAAACCUUUAUCCCGGGUUAAAACCUUUAUCUCUGUCUAAAACCUUUAUCUCUGGCUUAAACCUUUAACUCGACUAAAACCUUUAUCUCAACUAAAACGUUUUUCACGGCUAAAAUCUUUAACUCUGCCUAAAAUGUUUGUCUGGGCCUAGAAUCGUUAUCUCAGAAACUUUAACUUGGGUAAAACAAAAAAAAUAAUUGACUUCGUAAAACAUUAGCUCAUUCUAAAGUCUUUAUCUCUUGCUGAUAUUUUGGACUCGGCUAAAACUUUUAUCUUUGACUAAAAUCCUUGACUUUGGUAAAAAAAAAAAAAAACAUUUUAACUUGAGAUAAAAAAUGAUUAUCUUGGUCUUUAUCUCAGGCUAAAAUCUUUCAUUCUGGCUCAUACACCAACAUUCACCGUGUGGAUUUCAUCAUCAUCUGGCAACCAAUUUGGGGAAUAAGUACUGUAUAAAAAUGUGCCUUUAAAGUGUUAAGUGAGCUGUUGAACGCCGUAUAAAAUCCUCAUGUGUUAGCAAGCUGCAGGUCAAAUAAGGUCAUGAACACCAGUGUGCGGUUUGCAGUGUAAAACUUUGUGUGCAGUAUGAAUAUAAAUAUAGUAUAUAUAUAUAUAAUAUAUAUAUAUAUGAUGUCACAAGGCAACUCCAGAUUUAUCCAUCGUAAAUAUAUCAUGAAUUUUGGCACAAACUCUUUUUCCAUAAAUAUUCAGAGAGUAGGAGAUCGAUGCAGACUUCAUUAACGUUGCCUAAGUGGAUCUCGAGUUAAAAGAAAACACCGGUCAGGAAUUACUCAUGCAUGCAGAAUUAUAUAAAUGAAAAAAAGUUACAGCUUUUUUUAAAAAAAAAGAUAAAACUAAAACCAGGAUGUAAAUAACAAGUGCUGCGAAUUUACAACAUCGAAUGACUUGAUAACUACACUUUCACACGGAUAACCAAGGACUAUUUUGCGUUUAAUCCAUCACGCAGUUUACGACUUUCCCGUCUUCGAUCCGAGACCCGACUGGAGAGGUGUACGACCCUACGCCCUCUACACACCGAAUCUAAGGCUUCAUAAAAGGACAUAACGUGUAGUUGUUUUCAAACCGCUCCCACGCGGAAAGCAGUUCAGCACUUGAACGGGAGUUUACUCGUUAGGAAAUGAAAGCCUUAGCUGUGUUUCGUACCUGCAGUAUGUUAUAAUGACGCGUUCUGUCCAUUGUCUCAUUGUGAUGUUUGCAGCUUCCAUGCUAUACUUAUCGCAUCUUCAAAAAAAAUAAACAAAUAAAAAAGAAAAUCACGUUAGUAAGUUAGGUAAAACUAGUCGCGUAUGAAGGGACGUACGAGGAACUAACACGACGAACAGAAAUGAUGACAACAGGUUUUUUUGUUGUUGUUUUGUUUUUUUUUUUACUUCUUCAGCGAAAGCUUUUAUCGCGUGGCUAUAAAUAAAACAAUGGGAAGUGCUUGUUUUGUUUCCUAGUUUCACGUUAACGCUUUUAACUAGUGCCCGGGACUCUGAACAGAUGACAUACAUGAAAAUAAACGUAUACUUCAUUGUGUCUUCACCUUUAAAAAAUUCAGUUUUGCUUGUUUGUUUUGUUUUUUUUGUCUCACUAAUCAGACCAGAGAGGGUAAAUAACAAUGAAAAUUCUGUAAAAAGUCUUCCCUUACUGAUAUAAUAUCUAUCCCCGUAGCUAGUCUCUGGUCUGAUGGGCUACCUGAAGCACAAUAACUGACAGAAAUGCAUGUGAUUGGCUAAAAACUGCAAAACAGGGUCCGCUAGAGAUCCUGAGUUUGGGACGUAUUUAGAAAACCAGUCACUAGUUUUUAUCACAUUAUUAUUUUUAUUAUUUUUUUCCGCUCUACUCCAGUAUUUUAUAUUAAGUACUAUCGUACUUCUACUCCAGUAUUAAGUUCGCUCUUCUGAAAUGCUUUGCCGGUUUCUUAUCCGGACAGCCGGUUAACGCCCCUGUCUUAGUUGAGCUGAGCUUUCACUGUGCAGCUUUAACACCCCGGUCACCUCUCAACCCCUGCCAUCUUUCAAAAACGGCUUUAUUUUUUUUAGAGUGGUGUCUCUAUGAGCAGGAAGGGGAUGAUUCGUUUGACCCAGCGGUUAAUAAAGUCCUUCCUGUGCCUUUGUUAGAUUUUGAUGGUGGGAUUUUAUGGAGUGCUGCAGGGCUGCUACCUUCACCAACCAUGAGCAUUCAUUCUCCCAGCAGCACUCCGACUGAAUCCAGCGCAUCGCAGGAGAAGAAGAAGAAGAAGAAGAAGAAAUUGCAGCUCUACUAGUGUAGGUUAAACCCCUGUCCUUUUUCAGUGGCCCGUCAUGACAUAUAGUUAAAAUCACUUCCACUGAAUCCAUCAAACUGCGGACGGUUUACAGGUUUUACCAUAAUGUCAUGUUCGUGUUGCCGUUAUAUAUAAAGUACGGCUCCUGAACAUCUUUAUUUGAACCCUAACACUUUGUCGACGCACCACUCUAUUUCUAUUCUCAGUGAGCUAGAAAAUGUUAUCCAGGCAGGCGACGGUGCAGCGUACUUGAUAAAGCAGUAUAUCAGUGUGAAACCGACGAGGCCGAGACAUCGCGGCGACCAUGUCGGUGCAGAGUACAGGAUAAACUGCAGGUUUAUAAAGAUAGUUCGGGGUUCUACUAACGUGGACGUGUCGAGUAGCACUCUUAAGUCUCAUCAAGUGCUCUAUUUCGCGAUGGUCUUAGCAGGACGGGAUUGGGAACGUGCCCGGAUGCGUUAAACACUCGGACAUGAAACGCUUUCUGAUGAUGAAGCGCUAAGUGUUAUCUCCAGAUUUACUUCAAUUAGAGAACUGUGUCUUAUCUGUUCGUUUUAUUUUUUAUUUUAUUUUUUUUAGGAUGCAAGUCAAAAUUAGCCAAAGUCUUUUCUUUCUUUUUUUUUUUUUUUUUUUACAUUCUCCCUUCCAAAUUUGUACACAUUUCUCUUUCUGAAAGAGUUUCAAUCCAGAACUAACCAAAACGUCUCCACUUCAGCUCAGUUAUUCAUCUUGCUUCUUCCGAACACUUGCAUCUCAUCAACCUUCAAGCUGAAAUGAUUAAAUUCUCAAAUUACUCCUGAGCUUUUUACACAUUACCCCCCCAACAUCUUAUCCCACAUGCUUUCCGUUUGAGGUUUCUUUAAUUGAAGGGAAUCUUAAACUAAUUUUAGGAAGCUGUUAACUCUUCAGAAGGACCGGUGAGGAACCCUUUUGUCCCUAAGAGUGUACAGAUUGGUGGGUACGAUUUAGAGCCAGCAAAGUUGGUGUACAUAUGAAGACCAUCCAAAAUUACGUUUGCACCAAUUUUAGUUCUCCAUCAUCCAAUAGAAAUCCACUGAUUUUAAUAUCAAUGGACUCAUUGGCUUGUUCGUUAAAAGGUGCUUUCCAAACAGAGCCUUUUUGGGGGAAAAAAAAUCCCUUAAGGGGUUCUUUGGUUGGAUGAAAGCUUGAAUUCUACUCUUCAACCCUCUUAGGAACACUCCAUAAGACUCCAUAACACUCUUUGGCUGGUUCCUGUGGAGGAACCCUUCAAAUAGGCUUUCAAGUAGAAUCCUAUUAGAAAGCCAAGCUUGCUUCACUUUCCAGAAGAACCCAUUAGGAACCCUUUGUCUGCAAGAGAGUAUAGAUUGGUGGGAAUGAUGUAGAGCCACCAAGGUAGAUAUUUACACCAUUUAGUUUCCUCUUCCCCUCGUUAAUCCUUUCUUUCUUAUCCUUCCAUCAUCCAGUAGAAAUGAUUUUGAUAUUCGUCAACUCUACACCCCGGACUCUUUGGCUUGUUCCACUGGCUUCCAAGUCAAACCUCUUUUGAAAGCUAAGAGCCCUUAACCCUCCACAGAACCUUUGAGGAACGGUUUUUUUCUCAGUGUAUGAUGAUCCACUAAAGCUCGUAUACAUAUGAAGAAUAUUUGAAUUUAAACCAAAUAGUUUUUCUAGUUGUGAAUCCUUUCUUUUUAUCCCUCCGUUAUCCAGAAGAAAUGCACUGAUUUUUGAUGUUCACUGAGUCUAGUCUCUUUGGCUUGUUGUUUUGGACGAUCUCUUCAAAGUGCUUUCCACUUACAACCCUUAUGAAAAGAUUAGACCACUUAACUCACCAAAGAACCAGUGUGGAAUCUUUUUAUUCCUGAGAGUGUGUAGAUUGUUGGGUACGAUGUAGAGCCUACAAGAUUGAUGCACAUAUUAACACCAUCGGAAAUUUCCAUUCAUCUACACCACUACGACUAUACGUUCAAGGAACCCUUAAAAGGUGUUUUCCUAUCAGAGAGGCUUCCAAUUAGAUCCUUAUUAAGACACUAAAAUCCCUGAAUUCUUCAGAAGAUCCUCUCAGGAACCCCAAUGCAUGCAUUUUAACACUCUAGACUAUUUAUAGACUUGUUCCAAUGGCUUUCAAAUAGAACAACUCUGGAAGGUAAAGAUCUCAACGUCAAAGAAGAACCUAUGAGGGGUGUAUAGAUCGGGUACGAUGUAGAGUCACCAGUGGUGGGGUUACAUUGACACCAAUUUGGUUUAUUCUUCUGUAUGUGAAUACUUUCUUUUUUUUAUCGCUCCAUCUUCCAGUAAAAAUGUCUCAAUUUUGAUUCCUAUUGACUGUACACCAUAAGAACAAACAAACAAAAAAAGAUUCAAUCUUAAACCUAUAAGAAUUCUUCAGCUUGUUCUCUGGAGAAACCCUUAACAGUGUAUUUCUAUAAGAGAGACUUCCAAGUAGAACCCCUUUCGGAAAGCUACGAACGCUUAACUAUUCAACCAACCACGAGGAACCAUCAUUUUUCCAGGAACUACCAAAUUAAUGACCUCGACCCAAAACGUGUGCAUCUUAUACUCGCAGAACUUACCAGUGUUUGCCGUUCUUAUCAUUCCUUUCAUCCCUCCAUUAAUCGUUAUUUUUCUUUUAUUAUCAUUGUUAAGUUAAUGCUUGCACAUUUUAUAUUUCAUUCUGCGAGCUCGCAUCGAUCUAACCACAACUUACAUCGCCAUUCCUCAAACUUCCCAUCGGAACCUAGCGAAUAUGAUUGCUUUCACCCCCCAAAAUCUACAACCAUCAUAUUUGGGGAAAAGUUUAAGGUACUCACACGGACCUCUUGACAAAAAUGGACUCAUCCCACCCCGAUACUAUUUAAAUCAAAAUAACACAGUGGUUUUUAUCACGCUACAUUCAAAACUUUUGGAUAAUUUUUGUUGUUGUUUUUUUUUUUUUGCCAAAAUCACCUGCCUGUAUUUCAUAUUUCACACUGAUAGCACAAUGAUGAUAAUCAAAGUCCUUGAUGUUCAGGCUAGAAAACUCCUGUUCUUCAUGUCCAUGUCCCUGUUCCUGAGCGUCGACAAGCUAACUUUAUUUAUAGUUUAAUUUUAUAAAAAAAAUAAUAAUAAAAAAAGAAAAAAGUAAAAAUCCUUUAUGAAGGGUGGUGAAAGUAUAGAAUGGACAUCAUGAACACAUGUUCGGGGGCCUAAUUUUAUUAUUAUUAUUAUUAUUAUUAUUAUUAUUAUUAUUAUUAUUAUUAUUAUUAUUAUUUUUGCUUUCACGUUGUUUUCCAAAUCAUUCUAUGCUGAAAACUUCUGUGAUGAGAAAUUUGAAAUGGUCAUCUUAAUGUUUAUGGAGGUUCUUUAGCCACCACGGAUAAUAGUUGUAUAUUUAUAGGCUCUAGAUCACUGGAAUGACAUAUAUGGCUUUAAGUGGCAUUGAUAUAUAUUGAUAUUUGUCAAGAACAAAAAUAAAAUGAAAAAAAAUAAAUAAAAAAAUGAGAACUCAUAUACCUUAAUUACUUUAAAGUUUACAUUGUGAAUAGCACGUAUGCAAUUUCAUUUUCAUCCUGUUUGAUGUAAUUUUGUAGCAGUGGUUUGAUACUAAUAAAUGGAAGUUGAUGAUGGAACGGUGCCUUGUGUUCUGAGAAAUAAACUCAACGCAUGUUUAUAUCCUGAGGCUUUUGACCGAGCCAGAUAAAUAAGGAAUAAAACACUCUUAAGAAUAAUGAAUGACAGCAGAGUUACUUAUACCAAGUUGAUUGUUUUCCUUUAACAGCACAUCCUGUUUUGUGCACUUAUUAAA